GUUUUUUGGUGUAUUCAGAGGUCUGGAAUUCCCUGAGUGGCCAGGUCUGGGUCAAGAACCCUCUUUGGAGCCAGGAGUGGUGUCUGCUUUGUCCCGGUCCCAGUGGCUAAGACUAGGUCAGGAUAACACCCCUAAGUUCCAUGCAUUGCCCCAUGGCUCCUUGAUGCUUCCCUCUUGGGGGCCCCUGCAUGCCUAUGCGCAGCCUCUCUCCCAACAGGUUGAUCCCCAUCCUGGUAAAUGGGAUGAAGUACUCAGAAAUCGACAUCAUUCUGCUCAAGGGGGACGUGGAGGAGGACGAGGCAGUCCCCGACAGUGAGCAGGACAUCAAGCCACGUUUCCAUAAGUCACGCACAGUGACGCUGCCCCAUGAGGCUGAGCGGCCCGAUGGCUCGGAGGACGCAGAGGACGAUGAUGAUGACGAUGCAUUGUCUGACUGGAAUCUGAGGAAGUGCUCGGCAGCUGCGCUGGACGUCCUGGCUAAUGUCUUCCGGGAGGAACUGCUGCCCCACCUACUCCCCCUGCUCAAGGGCCUCCUCUUCCACCCUGAGUGGGUGGUCAAAGAGUCAGGCAUCCUGGUGCUGGGCGCCAUCGCUGAGGGCUGCAUGCAGGGCAUGGUGCCCUACCUGCCUGAGCUGAUCCCGCACCUCAUCCAGUGCCUGGCAGACAAGAAGGCCCUGGUCCGCUCCAUUGCCUGCUGGACGCUGAGCCGCUAUGCCCACUGGGUGGUCAGCCAGCCCCCCGACAUGCACCUCAAGCCUCUGAUGACAGAGCUGCUCAAGCGCAUCCUGGAUGGCAACAAGAGGGUGCAGGAGGCGGCCUGCAGGUGACCCCCGACCCCUGGCCUC